UACAAGGCACUGAGAUCCUAUGGGAUAAACUGAGAGAUGGCUGCAGGCAUGAAGGGGGUGGGGUGGGCAUCUUUAUCUUGGAGUCACUGUCCUGGCUCCCUUAUUAACUACACAGGCCAGUCAUGGGGAUGUUUAAGUAUCAGGGUGCUUAUUUGUAAUAGGCAGAUAAUAUCUUCCCUGUACGGAGGCGGAGGCGGUAAGGAUGCUCCGUGCAUGGGGCAGACAGCCUGGGGUCAGAUCUCUCCUUUGCUGGUUGCUGGCUGUGUGACCAUGAGCAGUUACUAAACUUCUCUGUGCCUCAGUAUCCCCUCCUAUAAACUGGGGGAACACCACCUACCUUCUGGGGUUACUCGGGGCAGGGAGCGAGUGAGUACACGUUAAUCAGGGCGCCCAGGACACUCUGGCAUACGUUGACUGCAAGGUCAAUGUCAGCUCCCACCAGAAUCCGCUUAGAAUCCCUGAUUUUGUUCCUGUACUUAGCACAGGGCCAACACGGCAGGGGCUGGGUGAGUGGUGGUUGUCAGGGCUCCAGGCUUGCUUAGGGUCAGCGGUGUGCCGAGCGGGCUUAUGUGCGCCUCUCUUUGCAGUUCAUUCAUCGAGGUCCUCCUGGUAGCUGGGAAUUGGCCAUGGUGGGAAUGUGUGUGCCAUGGAGGUUGAUAAAUGCUACCAAUAAAAGCUUUUGAAAAAGGUAAUUCUGAGAGCCGGUUUACUGCACUGUGGCUCUCAGUUGGACAGGGCGCCAGUCGGGGCAGACGCCUGAAUGCCCCGAACAGGGCGUAUGCCAGAAGACACACACAAGAGGUCCCUCCACCUCCAGUCUCUUAGCCUUACAGCAGAGGAUAUUAUGACGUCGGAGAGGGCCUUGGGGUAAAUGGAUGAGGCAUUCCAGGCCCCUGAGCUGGAGAACCCCGGCGGGCCGACCAGUGGGAGCUGGCCUGUACAGUUUCCAGUGCACCCUGAAAAGAGGUGCCUUCUCUGGGCAGAUGAACUCCAUGAAGACAUUCCCUGCUUUCCCACUCAGCUGGGUGCCUUGUGCAGUGACCAGCCUGCACAACUGUGUGUGGCGGCUGGGCAGAGGGCAGGCGGAGGGCAGAGAAGACUGAUAUCCAGCAGGCCUGUAUCCACUUCUAGUUCCUCUUCUCUAGAGGGAGGAGGGAUUCCUGCUGGGGUGGGCUGGGGAGCCAGAGAAGCCUCCAGAGAGGAGGUGGUAUGUGAGCCAGGGCUUGAAGCAUAAAGAGAAGAGGGUGUUCUGGCAGAGGGACCAGCACGAGCUAAGAAGUGGAGGCAGAUCUCAGCAGAGCUCCAACAGAGUGAUGGGCUCAGGGGUUCUGAGUGGAUUCUGACAGAAAGUGGACACCUAGACAGGAGCCCCGCGGAGGAGACCAAGGCGGCCAGCAAGAGGCUGCAGGGCCGGGUGCAGGGUCUCCUGGCGUCGGCUCCCCGCUCCGUGCCGCCGGCCCGAGCCAUGAUGAAGACCUUGUCCAGCGGGAACUGCACGCUCAGCGUGCCCGCCAAGAACUCGUACCGCAUGGUGGUGCUGGGCGCCUCGCGGGUGGGCAAGAGCUCCAUCGUCUCCCGCUUCCUCAACGGCCGCUUCGAGGACCAGUACACACCCACCAUCGAGGACUUCCACCGGAAGGUCUACAACAUCCGAGGUGACAUGUACCAGCUGGACAUCCUGGACACGUCCGGCAACCACCCCUUCCCUGCCAUGCGCAGGCUCUCCAUCCUCACAGGUGACGUCUUCAUCCUGGUGUUCAGCCUGGAUAACCGGGAAUCCUUCGACGAGGUCAAGCGCCUCCAAAAGCAGAUCCUGGAGGUCAAAUCCUGCCUGAAGAACAAGACCAAGGAGGCGGCGGAACUGCCCAUGGUCAUCUGUGGCAAUAAGAACGACCACGGUGAGCUGUGUCGGCAGGUGCCCACCACUGAGGCCGAGCUGCUGGUGUCCGGGGACGAGAACUGCGCCUACUUCGAGGUGUCGGCCAAGAAGAACACCAACGUGGACGAGAUGUUCUAUGUGCUCUUCAGCAUGGCCAAGUUGCCCCACGAGAUGAGCCCGGCCUUGCACCGCAAGAUCUCUGUGCAGUACGGCGACGCCUUCCACCCUCGGCCCUUCUGCAUGCGCCGCGUCAAGGACAUGGACGCCUACGGCAUGGUCUCACCCUUUGCCCGCCGCCCUAGCGUCAACAGUGACCUCAAGUACAUCAAGGCCAAGGUCCUACGGGAGGGCCAGGCCCGCGAGCGGGACAAAUGCACCAUCCAGUGACCGGGAGGGACGCUGGGGUGGGGCUAGGGCAGUGCCUUCCAGGAGGUAGCCUACUGUCCAUGUCCCCCCUCAACGAGACCCCCAACGGCAGCCAUGUUCGAAGGCCUCUGGCACCAGAAUGGGCGACCCCAGUCUCUGACUUCUACGUUCUCCUACCUUUUCACCACUUCCCCUCUGAUUCUGCUUUUCUGAGGUCCCCUGUGCUUCCAGCACCCAAAUCAGGGCCGCCCUAACCUUAGGGCUGUAAGAAAUGCUGAUGCCAGAGGGGCCAGACUCCCUACCCGGAGAGAGACUCCUGGAACAGUCGUAGCCGGGUGGAACCGAGCCCCCCAGAGCAAGGACUCAGGCUUAGCUGUUCCCACCCCCACCCUGGGGGUGGCCCUCAGUUGUCCCUGACGGUGAGCCAGUGGCCGCUGACUGUAUGAAGGAAGAGGAGCUUGGCCAUGCCCUGGACCACGCCCAUCCCUGGACUUCCUGGCCUCUGCUGGCCUCCGCCGUGUCUGUCUGUCUGUCUGUCUGUCUCUCUCUCUCUCGCAGUUUCCUCCCCUCUGUCUGCUGGUUGUGCUUUGAAGUUCUAGCUGUCCUCCCGUUGUGCGUAGCUGUUGGAACAGAAAUCCUUGUACUGUAAAAGCUGCCCCCGCCUCGCUGGCCGGACCCCACUGCCUCUCUUGGGGACCCCUCCCUCCCCCGAUCCUGAUCCCAGACAGGGUUCCGGGGUCCUGCCUCCGGCUAGACACUGCCCUCCGUCAUGAGCGUCACAGUUUACACUUGCACUGUGGGGGCGGGCAGGUUGGGGCUGCUUCUCCUGCCCUCCUCCCACCCCCCAGCCCCCUUCCCUCCCCCGUGUCACAGAGGAGGCGGGUGAGACACGGGGAGGUGGUACGCUUCAGCCCAUCCCUGCAGCACCCGGUCAGGGCAGGGAUCUGCCUCGAACCACGCUGUCUCCUAUUGUGCUUGCUUCUUAAGCAUUUAUUGAGCACCUGCUGGGUGCUGGGUCCACUGUGUGCUAGGAAACAAAGAGGGUGAGCAGUGCACUUUAUGCCUCCCAGGCCAGGCCCUUUCCCAACCCUGGCCUCUUUCCUUCACCCGCAUGGCCUGUGCCCACCCCUGCCGCCCCACUGCCCUUUGCCCUGUGUGCUGUUUGGGGGUGGGGGGAUGGGGGGUGCAGGAGCAGCUGGGAACCGGAGCCGAGCCCGGAGAGGUAGGUGGGAAAGCUCCUUGAGGGUCCCUAGCCUGUGCCUAGCGCUGGACUGCUGCGGACCGGGUGUGGUGGGAUUUGAGCAUGUGGACCAAAGGUCUUGCUGUCUUGUCCUCAGCUCUUAACAAAUAUAUUUUGUAUCUUAAUCUCCUUCAAAAUAUUGAGAUUUAGUCCUACCAGGAACCUUAGUGAUCAUCUAGUGACUCUUUCUGAGGCCCAGAGAGGGUGACUGUCUCUCUGGUCCCAACGCACACGGCAAGUCUGUGACUGGCAGGAGUGGGGCUAAGUCUGGGUAUCGGGCACACCCCCCCCAUGCUUCCUCAGCCCUGGGUGGGGGGAGGGGCCCUUCAGAAACCAGAGCGCCUUUUCCCUAACCGUUUCUCCAGAUCGUCCUUUGAGGGUUCCUGUAAAUUCUGUGUACACACACGUGAACACCGAGUUCUACACGGGCCCCAAUCCCAGCUUGCCAUACCCUAUCCCUCUCCCCUGGCACCCCGCUUCCAUGCCCUCACCCAGCCCCAGCCUGCACCCUCUAAGCAGACCGGGUACCAUCGCCAGGACAGGUGUGUGGCCUGGUCCCACCCCAUGAUGUCCCCCUGCUGCCCCAGAUCUCUGUGUACGCUACCAAUUAAAGUGGGUUUGUUUCUAA